AUGUCCUCGGAGAUGCCAGAUGCAGAGGUGGAUGAGGAUGAAACCGAGGAUCUCAAUCUCGACACUGAUGGCCUUUGCAAUGAAGUAUAUGGUUUCGAUGACUCGCUGCUCGGGACCGUUCCCGUCGUUUCUCCAUUUGUUGCCGAGAUAUAUGGUUUCGAUGACUCGCUGCUCGGAACCGUUCCCGUCGUUUCUCCAUUUGUUGCCGAGAGUGGAAAAGCUGCCGACGAAAAUAGCCAGGAUGUGCGAAUGGAAGAGGAUAGUGUGCCAGAAAGUAGCGCUGUAAAACCGGAUCUCUUUGGUCAUUAUGGAUAUUCGUUUGCAGCAAAUCCGAGCAGUGCAGAAAAUGCGCAGGAGAGCGUGGAUGAUGUGCAGAUGGAUGAGGGAUUUGAAGUUGAGACUCGUGAUGCUUCCACAGCCUCGAGUUUACUGAACGGAACCGGCGUUGAGCUGGCAUCUGAGGCAUUCGAAAGCAUGCCGGAAACUCAACCUCCCACUAUUCCCACUCAUCAGGUAAACAGUUGUAUAGCGCAAAUGCGUUUGGAUUAA